AUGGAUGUCGGGAUAUGUAAUCAUCACCUAAAAUAUCUCAACGGAUUGUCGGAUCUCGUAAUACACGAUAAAAAUAACCCCCCUAUACUGUGUGGUCACUACCCGAAAAUUAAACCUCCAUCUUCAGAAGCAGUCAUCUUAUUAACGAAGAAGAAGAAGAAAUUAAUCCUCCAUCUUCAGCAUCCAUUGCAGGUGGGGAUUUUCCAAGAAAUGCCAGAUUUUCAAGAGGCUACACCUGCUAGUAGUUCCAAAAGAAGAAGAAAAGAAUUUAUUAAAUCACCAGGUAAUCCAGUGGAUGACACAGUUUUCUUUCACAGAACAAAACUAACGACACUGUUCAAAAUCAAUAAAGACUUAACUCCUAACCAGCGCCGUGAUUUAGACAAGGUGGUUUUCGUUGGUCAUGUGGCUAGAUCAUUCCUUUUUGUCGGAAAACAAUUGCAUACUAGAUCUCUUUUUUUAGAACAAUGGAGCCACCAAGAGAUUUCUAGAGCAAUUGAUGUGUUUAAACACAUGGGAAGUCUUGAUGCGAAUUUUAUUUGGAAAGUUAAUGAGCAGUUGGGUGGAUUAAAGAUGGAUGAAAGCGUCUCCAAGGAAUCUGUUCAGCGUGACUCAACCACGGAUCCAAUAGUAAGAGACGAUCUCAGUGAGCACCUAACCCUUAUUAAUCAGGGUGUAUCUGGCAUAAUAUCUUUGCUGAAAUGUAAUCGGGACACACCCGCUAAUUGUGGACAAGAUGACAAUAAAAUGGGAACUGAAAUUGGAAAAGACCCGAUGACUGGGCAGAAGGUUGCUUCUGAAAAUGGAAAAGACCCGAUGACUGGGCAGAAGAUUGCUUCUGACAAUGGAAAAGAUAAAAUGACUGGCCAGAAUGUUGCCUGUGAAAAUGGAAAAAAUAGGAUGACUGGCCAGAAGGGUGCCUCAGAAGAAUCGUUUGACGAGACAAUGAAACCCACCAAACUGGAUUUUGAUGUUUGCUCGUCGGAUACAUGCACUCCCGCUCGGUCUUGCAACACGGGAAAAGACAUCUUUCAAUAUUUUAAAGAAAUAACGAUUAUGGAUACAAAUGCGUCCGAAUACGUUUUCAAUCGUGACGGGGAUGUUUCCAAAUUUUUGGUCAAGUAUGAGGCCUGGAGUGUCACGAGAGCAGAAAUGUUAACCAUUGAAUAUCCCCACUGGUUGUUAAGUCCCGUCAUUGAUAUGGUUGCCCUUCAUGUGACAUUGAAUCGGAUUGAAGAAUAUAGUAGUAAACGCAACUGGGGCAUGGCUUUGUCGUUGCAUAGCGACGCCUCGAUUCAAAAAAGAUUCUUUCGAGAUAGAGUAUUCAAUGGUCGUGCUGACGAAUGUUUGAGUAUAACGUUGACGAUAUCGGAUGGCAAUAUUCAUUGGUACAUGUGUAUUGUUGAUAUGAAAAGAUCUGUUAUUCUAAUCCGCGACACCUUACGUUCGGAAGUUACAAAUAAGUCGAGGAUUGAACUGCCGAAGAAAGUGAUAAUGCAACUGGAGGGGAUUAUCUCUACGUGGGAUGGGGAUGGGUUCAUUCAUGAAAAUAUCGCCAACACAUACGAUUGCGGUCUUUAUGUGUGUAUUAAGUUGUUAUGCCACUCCACUCCAUCAGCAAAUUUAAUUUGGCGGCAACUUACAGAGGAAUCUAUGGAAGCGAGGAAAAGGGUGGCUGACACUCUUUACACAGCCAAAUACAACCAAAUCACAAGAGGGGCUAUGGCUGGGUUCUUCGUUACUUCCAGAGGAGGCAAUGAAGUCAGCAAUGACCAGACCUAUGACUCGUGUACAGUAACUAUGGAUACCCUCUAUGGACUAUUGUGUUUGCCGGAAAUCCACCGUCCGAAGAUGUUGAGGCUCUUUACUAUGGUUGUCAACCUGAUAGCGACGAUUCAUCUUAUGACAUUCCGAUUACGACAAGUGAUGAAUUACGAAAUCAUGUAUCGAGUUACGUAUCCAUUGGUCCAAGGGUACAAGGAGUGCUAUUGUCGCCAACUUGCGGUCAUUCGCACAUCGUGGACAUCGGAAAAUCCUAUAAGGCGAUUCAGUUCUUGCGAAUUAUACAAGCCUAUUCCCCCUAUGAUUUGGAGCACUGUCGAACCUUUGCUUCCAAUUGAAUGCACCUUGCAGAACAGCGAGGGGGAUGAUGCAUUCAAAUGGCCGGUUGUAAUCAAGCGUCUUGGAACGAAGAUUGGGUUUGCAGAUGGAUGGGAGGACUUUUUGAGGGAAAAUUCUAUCAAAGCAAAUGACAUCCUUCUUUUUGAACUUGGAGGCACAAACAGGUUCAUUGUCUAUCAUUUUGACCUUUCUUGUGCUCGAAGAGCCCUUAGAUCUGUUGUUGGAUCUUGCAUUCAAGAUGAUGAGGAAUUGGAUGGGAUGGAAGAGGAAGCUAUUGUUGGUGGGUUCCAUAUACAAGCUUCCUUCACUCUUGUUAGCCGCGGCCGGCAGGAUCCAAACUUGAGCAAGCUAUCUACUGGAUCUAACCUUGAGCUACCCGUUAGGACCUCGAUUACUAGCCAAAGGAAUCUUGAUAAUUCUAUUUGCAAUCACAGGAUCAAAGGCAUAGGCGACGGCGAUGAUCUGAGAUGGAGGAUCGGAAUGAAGAACGAUGAACAAACCAUUUAA